AUGUCUUUCGCCGGCAGACGUAGGGGUAACAAGGUUAAGAAGGGUGUCCAGUUCACCCUCAUGGUUGUCGGUGCCUCCGGUACCGGUCGCACUACCUUCGUAAACACCCUUUGCGAGUCCGAGGUUCUCGCCCACAAGGUCUCUGACACCCCGGAGACUGCUCACGUUGAGGAGGGCAUCAAGAUCAAGCCCGUCAAUGUUGAACUCGAGGAAGACGGUGUUCGUAUUGCACUGACCAUCGUCGACACCCCCGGCUUCGGCGACAACAUCGACAACGAGUUUGCCUUCCAGGAGAUUGUCGGUCAUCUCGAGCGCCAGUACGAUGAUAUCCUCGCUGAGGAGUCCCGUAUCAAGCGUAACCCUCGCUUCCGGGACAACCGUGUCCAUGCCCUUCUCUACUUCAUCCCUCCCACUGGCCACUCUCUGAGGGAAAUGGACAUCGAACUCAUGAGGCGCUUGUCUCCUCGUGUCAAUGUCAUCCCCGUCGUUGGGAAGGCCGAUUCUUUGACCCCCUCUGAGUUGAAGGGUUUCAAGAAGAGAAUCAUGGAGGAUAUUGAGCACUACGAUAUCCCCGUGUACAACUUCCCUUAUGAUGUGGAGGAAGAUGACGAAGAGACCAUUCAGGACAACAGCGAGCUUCGUGCUUUGCUUCCCUUCGCUAUCAUUGGCUCUGAGGAAGAGGUCGACAUUGACGGCAACCCUGUCCGGGCUAGGAUAUACCCUUGGGGUAUUGCCGAGGUCGACAACCCCAAGCACUCUGACUUUAGCCGUCUUAGAAGCGCACUGUUGAACUCUCACCUGGGCGAUCUCAAGUCGUUGACCCACGAUGUUUUGUACGAAACGUAUCGUACUGAGAAGCUGUCGCGGACGGUUCACUCCGACAUUCAGGACUCGUCCAUUCUUCCCGAGGACCUUGCCACGCAAAGUGUGCGUCUCAAGGAAGAGCAGCUCCGCAGGGAGGAGGAGAAGUGGAACUAUCAGCUCCGCGAGAUCGAACUCAAGGUGCAACGCGAAAUCAACGAGAAGCGGCAGGAAUUGUUGGCCAAGGAGGAAUCUCUCAGGAACUUGGAGAGCCGCCUCGCUGCUCAGGGAUCUCAUGGGGAGCUCAGGGAGUGA